UUUUCUAACCAGUUUUACUUUUCCGAACAGAGACAGAUCACAAACAAAAUCACAUCACGCAACAAAGACACUAUUAUCCAUUUAUUGACAGCCAAACCCAAAUACAUUAUCUUUUUCUAAAAUCUCUCAAAACCAACAAAGCUAAAGAAUCAGAAGAAGCUCCAUUAUCAAUUCAUUCACUGUUCUUGAUCUGGAAAGGAUUUUGUUUGAUUGAUUGAUCGGAGACGAUGCCGCAGCAAUUACAGGAGAGAAUCAGAGCUUUCUUCAACAACAGAUGGCUUGUGUUUGUGGCUUCAAUGUGGGUUCAGUCUUGUGCUGGAAUUGGGUACUUGUUUGGGAGUAUAUCGCCUGUGAUAAAGAGCACUAUGGGUUACAAUCAGAGACAAGUCGCCAUUUUGGGUGUGGCUAAAGAUUUGGGGGACAGUAUUGGCUUCAUUGCUGGUACUUUGAUCGAGGUUUUGCCCAUUUGGGCUGUUUUGUCCAUUGGUGUUGUUCAGAAUUUUGUUGGGUAUGGUCUUGUUUGGCUCAUUGUCACUCACAGAUUGCCUACUUUGCCUUUGUGGGUGAUGUGUAUUUCCAUUUUUGUGGGAACAAAUGGAGAGACCUACUUCAACACAGGAGUUUUGGUGUCCUGUGUGCAGAACUUUCCCAAAAGCCGUGGUCCUAUAGUGGGGAUACUGAAAGGAUUUGCGGGGUUGAGCGGUGCAAUUAUAACUCAAUUUUAUGCCAUGAUCAAUGCUUCUAAUCAAGCAUCACUGAUCUUGAUGGUUGCAGUUUGGCCAACAAUUGUAAUUGUUUCUUUGAUGUUCAUUAUUAGACGUGUGGGAGGUCACAGACAAGUUAAACCAUCCGAUAAUUCAAGCUUCUUCUUCACCUAUAGCAUCUGUCUUGUUCUAGCAGGUUAUUUGUUGGUCGUCUUGUUGCUCGACGAUUUUGUUGAUUUGAACCAGACAGUUGUCACAAUACUUACAGUUGUAUUGAUCAUUAUCAUAUUGCUUCCGAUUAUAAUUCCUGUUAAAUUGGUUUUUUUCUCGGAACCAAGACCCCUGAUAGAGGAGAGCCUUCUUGCUGAGCCUCAAAGAGAAGAAUCAAGUAAAUCCGAGCAGGAACGGAAUAAUGAGGUCAUUUUAAGUGAGGUUGAAGAUGAGAAAUCUGCAGAAGUAGACUCGCUUCCAGUAUUAGAAAGACAAAAACGAAUUGCUCAUUUGCAAGCGAAACUGUUUCAAGCAGCUGCUGAAGGAGCGGUAAGGGUCAAGCGGAAGAAGGGCCCACGUAGAGGCGAGGAUUUCACUUUAAUGCAGGCAUUAGUAAAGGCUGAUUUUUGGCUUAUUUUUUUCUCCCUUGUACUGGCUUCCGGUUCUGGUUUGACAAUAGUUGAUAAUAUGGGUCAGAUGAGUGAAUCUCUGGGAUUUAGUGACACACACAUAUUUGUAUCCAUGAUUAGCAUUUGGAACUUUCUCGGCCGUGUUGGUGGAGGAUACUUCUCUGAGAUCAUCAUUAGGAACUAUGCCUAUCCAAGGCCAGUGGCAAUGGCUGUUGUUCAGGUCAUAAUGUCAUUUGGGCUCUUCUAUUAUGCCAUGGGUUGGCCUGGGGCAAUCUAUGUCGUGACGGUGUUAAUAGGACUUGGAUAUGGAGCACACUGGGCGAUUGUGCCUGCUGCAGCCUCAGAACUGUUUGGCUUGAAAAGUUUUGGUGCAUUAUAUAAUUUCCUUACACUGGCAAGUCCUGUAGGCUCUUUAAUCUUCUCUGGUGUCAUAGCCAGUGGCAUUUACGACUAUGAAGCAGAGAAACAAGCUUCUCUCAAACAGUUAGUGUCGGGAAUACCUCUUAUGGAGGAUGAAUCACUCUCUUGUUCCGGUAUCAUAUGCUAUUCAAUCACUUGUGGUAUUAUGUCAGGACUUUGCGCUAUUGCAGUUGUGCUGAGUUUGAUUGUUGUGUACCGGACUAGGAGUGUGUACGCACAACUCUAUGGAAAGUCACAAGCUUGAGAUGCUGCUAAAGAUGGUCUUUGCAUGAGCGCAAGGGUGAAGGAAAAUACCCUCGCCUCUUUCUUAUUUUGCUGAAAACAUUUUCCUGGAGAAAUUAAGAUGGGGCCAACAAUAAGCCAACUUUUAGCUGCUCUGUGUUCGCAAAACAAAAAAACCCAAAAAUAAACCACAUGAUUAUUGAUUUGUACCAGUUUGUUUCAGACAUCAAGGCUGUUUUCAUUCUUCUGUGAACCAUGAGCCAGAGGACAUGGGUUUGUAAUUUGUGUUAGCAGCUUAUUCUAUUGUCAUUAUAUAUUAAUGAAUUGCCGAUUACAUUUAUUUCAAGUCCCUUUUUUCUUUGUU